AUGACGUUUUACACGGUUGGUGAUGAGACUCCAACGUUAUCUAGUAGGGAUGACAUUGAAGAAGUUAUGCGGGAUUGGGAAGAAAGGCAGUAUACUUUAAGAUAUUCCACAUACUUGACUACUUCUAUCUUUAUCACAACAUUCAAUGUCAAUGGUCGUUUGCCGGCGCUAGACACUAUUCCCAAUUGGUUAACUCGUGAUGGGAUAUCUGAUCCAGAUUUUUACGUUGUUGGAUUGCAAGAAAUGGAUCUUUCACCGCAAGCUUUUCUAAUGAAUACUUCUACACGUCAUUCGGAUUGGCAUAGUGUUGUUUGCAAUUCCCUCCCUUCCGCCGGUUACUCGCUUGUCCAAGAAGUACGUUUAGUUGGAAUACUGUUGAUGAUUUAUCGUCGCAUUGAUUGUGAAGUUCGUGUUGAGAACUCAGCAGUUGAUGUAGGAAGUGUACCAACUGGAUUCCCGUUUUUAGGACGAAUGGGAAAUAAAGGUGGUGUCGCGAUAAGCUUACAAAUAAAUGAUAGCUAUAUUUGCUUUGUGAAUUCUCAUUUUGCUGCUGGGCAAGAAGAAUUAGAAAAACGAAAUCAGGAUUACAGGGAAAUAUCACAAAUUCGUUUUCCAAAAAGCAAUAAAAGCUUGUUUGAUCAUGAUGUCAUAUUCUGGUUCGGGGACAUGAAUUUCCGUUUGGAAAAUAAUAGUAGUUUCUCGAAUGAAGAUUUUCGACGCCUUUGUGCAGAUGAGGACGCAUUUAGAGACAUGAUAGUAUUCGAUCAGCUAAAGAAGCAGCAGAAACUAAAUCAUAUAUUUGUUGACUUUAAAGAACCAGAUAUAAAUUUUCGGCCUACAUAUAAAUAUGAUCCUGGAACUACGAGAUGGGAUACCAGUGAAAAAUGUCGUUGCCCAGCUUGGUGUGAUCGUAUUUUAUGGUGGAAUCGUAAUGGGGUAGACAUCCGACAGCAGUUUUACGAAAGUGUAGAAUCAGUAGUUUUUUCGGAUCAUAAACCGGUGCGAUCUGGGUUUCACGUUAAAGUCAGAAAUAUCGACCAGAUGAAACGUAUUGCUUGUUUUGAGGAAGCUAUACGAGAGGCGGAUCGACGUGCCAAUGAAGCACUUCCACAGAUUGAAUUGUCGCAAAAUGAAGUUAAUUUUGGUAAGGUCUACUUCUUCCAGAGUGCAUUAAGAAUAAUAACUAUCAAAAAUACGGGCAAAAGUAAUAUAUCAUUUUCGUUUGGUGCGCGACCAAAUCGUGUAAUAUCUUCUGAUUCAUGGCUAUCUGUGACACCACCAAAUUCAAGGCUACAACCUGGUGCCUCCUGUGUUAUUAGUUUACAGAUUUUGGUCGAUAAAUCGGCAGCAUGGGUAAUAAAAGAAGAUGGAAAGCUGUCAGAAAUACUUGUAUUGCGAUUACAUCGUGGUAGGCAUUAUUUUGUCACUAUAUCAGCUGAAUACCAACACAGUGUUUUUGGUUCAUCAUUCAUCCACAGAAUUCGUGAAGAACAAAGUAAAUCUGCAGUUCAACUCGUCGAUUUGACUUUCAGUCCAGCAUCAUCUUCUUCAGCUGUCUUGGUUGGUGUACCACAUGCUGUCUUUCGUAUUUGUGAAACCCUUAAACAGCAUGGCUUAAAAAAAAUUCAGUUUGAUGAUGUAUCCGCACAUAGCGAAUUUAUAGCGUUAAGAAAUGCUUUGGAUACAGGAGUGCCGAUUAACCUUUUAGAUGCUUGCAAAUCAGUAUUCAGCAUGUACGACGUACUGCUUACUCUUAUUACUUCUUUCAAAGAAUCAAUUAUACCUUUGAACUUACAAUUGGAAUGUAUGAAAGCAGCAGGCAACAUCGGGACUUCUUGGUCAUGUGUUGAGAAGUUUCCUAUCGAAAAUCGUAACAUGUUUAUUUAUUUUGUUGGCUUUGUGACCGAAUUGAUGGAGCAAAAUAAUGCUGCAGAAGCUCAAAUGCAACUUUUGGCAGAUAUUUUAUUCAAACAACCGCCUGGAGAAGAUGGUUACUUGAAGCGUUUGAAAUUCUUAGAAACAAUUGUGUCACACACUCGCAAAGAUAAUCAAAAUACUUUUACAUCCUCUUCAAAUUGCCAGCAUGUUGGUGAUCUCAUUGUUUUAUAG